AUGUUCUCAAAACUUCUUUCUCUCUGCGCGCUGGUCGCAAUAAGCCAGGCAGGUCUCCUAGCAGAGCCUGUCCAUUACUCCGAAGCAGUGUCCUCCCAAAGCAUCAUCCGCCACGACGAGCCCCAACAAAUCGCCACAAAAUACUCAUCAGCACCAGUCACCAAGCUAUCAGUGGUCUCCGCCCCGGUGUAUCACAGUGCCCCGGCUACGGUGUAUCACAGUGCCCCGGUGUAUCACAGCGCCCCGGUGACAUACAGCGCUCCUGUCCAAUAUUCUGCCCCUGUCGCCAAAGUAGUGGCACAUGAACCUGAAAUUUCUAACGCCAAAUAUGAGUAUUCAUAUUACGUAGCUGACGACCACACCGGCGACAACAAGUCCCAGCAGGAGGUGCGCGACGGCGACGCCGUGAAGGGCUCGUACUCCUUCCACGAGGCCGACGGCUCCAUCAGGACCGUGGAGUACACGGCUGAUGCCCACAACGGCUUUAACGCGGUGGUUCACAACACCGCCCCAACUCCAGCACCUGUUCUGGUUAAGACUGCUCCGGUCUUGAUCCUUUUAUUAUUAGUUUGCUUCGUGGGAUUCAGUCAUUCAGUAUUUAUUGAUACUAGUCCAAAAUUCAAAGACGAUUACGAAAACUCAAAGGCUUGGCAGUAUAUCAAAGUUUACCAUCCACCUAGUGCAAAAUAUAUGCAUACAUACGAUUUCUAUGCAUACCCAAAAUAUGAGUUUGAAUACGCUGUAUCAGACAAGAAGACGGGUGAUCAUAAACAUCAUCAUGAGCACAGAGAUGGAGAUAAAGUGAGAGGAGAAUAUAGCUUGGUUGAGGCUGAUGGUUCAUUGAGGAAGGUGCAGUACAAAGCUGAUGAUCAUAAUGGGUUUAAUGCAGUCGUUAGCAAAUUAUAUAAUAAGCAUGGAGAUAAUGCUUUCUCUGUUUUUGAUCAGACGAGGGAUUUCGGACAUGGCGUUAAGAUCAACCACUAUUUCCCAGGCAAAGAUUAUUUUUAUGAAUCAAAAUUAAAACAAACCAUUCCUGUAAAAGAAACAGCACAAGAACCUAAAAAAGACAGUGAGCCUAGUAAACUCGAAACCGAAAGCAAUGAUGAAUUAUCAAAAGCAGUUCCAAACAAAAUUGAAGAAGUUGAACAUACAACAAUCAAAAUGGAAGCGGUCGAAAUUCCACCUGUGAAAAUUAUACCAAAUGUUGAAUCAAUGGUUAUGCCAAAUAGUGCGAGCUUGAAUUCGGAUAUAGUGAUGAUGCCUCUUGUCGAGGAAGCUCCAAAGAAACCAGAAACAAAUGAAAGUGAAAAGACUAGUUCCGAACAACCGAGCUCAGAUUCUGAAGUAGCCUCGUCACACUACCGUUAUUCCAGAAUAUAUUACGUCCUGUUACUUUGCGCCGUAGUGGCCGCCUGCCACGCCGGUCUGAUCCACCAUGCUCCAGCAGUCUCCUCUCAGAACAUUUACCGUCAUGACCAGAGCAUCCACCAUGAAGCCCCGGUACAUUAUUCUGCUCCCGUCGUCCAUGCCGCUCCUGUUCAUGCCGCCCCUGUGUUACAUGCCGCCCCUCUGAUCCACGCUGCGCCCAUCCACACUGCUGUGCAUGCUGCCCCAUCCCAUGAGGAUCAUUAUGUUGAUGAAUACGCUCAUCCCAAAUACGGCUACUCUUACUCCGUGGAGGACCCCCACACCGGUGACCACAAGUCCCAGCACGAGGAGAGAGACGGCGACGUCGUAAAAGGAGAAUACUCUCUACUCCAGCCUGACGGCUCCUUCCGCAAGGUCACUUACACCGCUGACCACCACAAUGGAUUCAACGCCGUCGUGCACAACACUCCUCCGCAUCAUAGCGCACCUCUGAUCCAUUCACCCGUGGUACAUGCCAUUCAUGCGGCUCCAGUGGUACAUGCUGCCCCGGUAGUGCAUACUGCCCCUGUGGUGCAUGCCUCUCCGUUGAGUUUGGUGCAUCAUGUUGCCCCCGUGCAUCAAACUCCCGUCGUGCAGCAUGUAGCGCCUGCAGUGGUUGGCCGCAGCGAACGGGUGGAGGAAUAUGCCCCUGCUAGAUACGAGUUCUCGUACUCCGUGGAGGACCCCCACACCGGCGACCACAAGUCCCAGCACGAGAGCCGCGACGGUGACGUCGUGAAGGGAGAGUACUCUCUUCUCCAGCCCGAUGGUUCCAUCCGCAAAGUGGAGUACACCGCUGAUGAACAUAACGGUUUUAAUGCCGUGGUACACAACUCAGCGCCAACUCCAGAGAGCGUAGCUGUGCAUUCGGCCUCAGUCCACCCCACCCAGACCAACCCAGGGCAAUACACACAUCACUAA